AUGACUUAUGAGCGUAGGAAGUACAAGACUAAAAAUUUGUUCUUAGUUCCAGUUCAGGAAGUAUUUAAGACAAAUUCUCCCUUUAAGUACUCUCCUAACAAGACAAUAAUGGAAUUGGAGUGUGUCUUCAAGGGAUGGCCUCGUCCUCGUGUAGUUUGGUACAAUCCAGAUAAAAAACAAAUCAUCAACGGAUCUGAAGGUUUUUACAUCUCAGAGAAGCUCGAUGGAGAGGAUACCUUACGUUCCCUUCUUCGUAAUCUUAAUAUCCAAGAAAAACACAAAGGGGAUUAUAAUUGCAUUGCAACGAACAGCAUUACCGGCUGGUCGAGUAAAAAAUCAAAGAUAAUUGAGCUGGAUUAUAGGUGUAAGUUGUCUGAUUAGUUAUAAGUAUGUUUAGAAGUGAGCCCGGAUUACUGUAUACCAAGAGUCUGGAAGUGGUCGGGGGAUCCUGAUCCCGUAUUCCCGCUCUCUUUCACCACAGUAGCGGUCAAUUCCCGUAUCGCGUAAAGAAAUUUGGCGUUUUCCCGAAUCCCGCAGUGUAUUUCAGGCGAGUCCUGGAUCCCGAGAAUACCCAUCCAGACCCUGUAAAUACCCGUAUAUCGUUUUCUUUCCCAGUCCUACAUCCGUGCCCAAAUUUUGGAGAAUCCCGCUUCCCCAGAAGCAGUCAAAUCCCGUAAAUUGUAAAUUGUAAAUGUCUUACUCAGGGCUUUUCAGGGAUAAUUUACAACACUGGUUAGGGGCACUUUGCCAGACUGCUUAAGGUGCAGUUUACAAGAAACGAUAAAAUGAGUAAUGACCCCUCCCCCCCCAUACAUGAGUGUAUGGGGGCAGACCGUAUGCUGUUAACGUUGCCCGAAUUCCACACUGUAUUUCAGUCAAAUCCCAUAGUCUGGGAAUACCCUUGUAAAUCCCGUACAUGCCGUCAGACGAAAUUUUCACGGAUGAAGUUGACAUUCUUUCUCUCCGAUCAGGCCUUAACAUGAGCAGGAGGAAUACAGCUGUUCGGUUGCCUUGCAGUCAGCAGACAUUCAAUUCAGAGGGAAUAAUAAACCCUUAAUGACUAGCUGGUCCAGAGGGAAACAAACGAUUUUGUUUCCCUAGCAUCAGUAGUAUAGGGCGCACCGGUUACUCCGUUUUUUUGGGCAGGAAUCUCAUUAACUUGGGCAGGAAUAUAUUAACGCAAAUGACGUCAUAGGCUAUUGUCUUGAUCUCAUGAAUAAAAUGUGCAGGAAUCUCAUUAAGAUAAGGUCGUGUGUUAUUUUUAGUUGGUUUAGGUUUUCUAGUUACUUUAAUGUCGAUAGACGUCUUCCUUUUCGAUUGGUUAGUUAGAAAAUAAGAAACGUUUUCAUUGGUUAAUUCAUAGUGUCUAAGGAGUAAAGUCAAACUUGUCUGUGACUUUAAAUCACUGAGACGUAACGUAAUUAUGCACUUCCUAUUUUCCGCUGCUGUGAUUGUCCUUGUUCCGGUUCACUGAUUUUUGGCGGGCAAAUCGUGUAUAUUAAAGAGGGCAAAGGCAAUCUACGUUUUUUUUUACACUGCAACCAAUGCUUUACUUACCCCUCUCCUUUUCAUUUUUUAUUUUCCUCCUCCUCUAAACAUUGAGAUUCGUGAUUUUUUAUAUAGCUGGAAAUUCAUUAAACCUCGCUGUAACGGCGGUCGUUGGUCAACAUUCGCGGGUAACAGUGCACUGUUACCCUCUGACGUCAUAAAUUUUGCAAUGUUGCCCGCUCAGAGAUUUUGGCGGGAAACAGUUUCAUUGUUCGAUGUCAUGUGACCUUGAAGUAAGCGAUGAGAGCGCGCACUGAUUUAAAAAAAGAAAUUUCUAGCCAUGCAUAUAACAAUGUUAGAUAUUAGCUACUUUCAGGAGCCUUGCCGUCUCGCUAAAUUUUAAGUUCACUGGGCAUUAUGAAUGUCCCAUCCCUUCAAACGGUGAGAAAAAAAUUCGUCGUUUGUGUAAAGCCACGGCUGCCUCAGACAGGUAAACUAAACAUUUCUUGCCACUGCCCUCUUCCACUCAGAAUGAUCCAGGGAUCCUUAGCUUAUUUAUUUAUUCAUUUAAAAAAAAAAAUAUCUAAUAAAAUGUCUAAUAACUUUCAUCUUUUUUUAUGCGGCGACUGAUGAUUAUUACUGGCAUAAAAGCCUAUCCUUUGGAUAAUAAGACAUAAAUAAAUAAUAAAUAAAUAAAUAAAUAAAUAAAUGGUUGAUCAAUCAAAUUAAGUGCUGGGCUGUUCAUCUGCCAUUCUGGAUCGAAUUAGAGUUUGGAAAUGUUGCUUCAAUUUUUUGGAGAGGGGAUAACCGGAGUACACGGAGAAAAAUCUCUCGGAGCAAAGGAGAGAACCAACGACAAAUCAAAAACCCACGUGUGGCUUCGCCUGAAGAGGCCUCAUUCGUGGGAAGCAAGUGUUCUCACCUCAAAAAUAAAAAAAAAAUUCUCAAAAAUAAUAUAAUGGGAUGAUUGAAUGGGGGACAAAAAAAAUCCCUAGGGCUUCCAACAAAACCCCCAAAAAUUCUUACAAAAAAAUUAACCCCAAAAAAUCCUAUGCCGAAUUUCUGAGACUUAAAAAUAUCCCAAACGUUUGUGUUUGUUUAUUCAUCAUACCAUCCACAUUUGGUGGUCAUUCUAACAACACUCGAGACACCAGGAGCUUAAGAACAUUUUGAGUACCCAAUAAAAUCCCUACUUAAAUCAAACCACCCAAAAAAAUACUUGCCAAAUUUUCCUACCUAGGAUAGAAAAUUUCAAACCCGAAAAAUUCCUUCGAUCAUCUUUGUCACUUGAAAUCAAGAGUAACCCCCUGGAGCGUCGUGUUGCCUCAUUUAUUGUCACAAAUACUUAAGGGGGGAGAGUAAGAUUAAGGCUGUAGUCCUUUAAAGUUACACAAUCGCACGGCAAUGAUCUUUAAAUAGCAUUUGAUUUGUUCAUAAUAAUAUCUGCCAUGUAUCUUCCAAUUAUGCAGGUCCCGGUCCUAAACAUCGGCAUAUUUCUCCUUCCGAGGUUUCAGUGAUAGCCUACAACAACGUCACUUUAAAGUGCUUGGUUGAAAUAGAUCCUGACAAUUGCGCCGCAUAUUCAAUGAAAUUUCAGUGGUUUUUUAACAACAGAUCAUCAACGCUAUUGACAUCUGGUGAAAAGUAUGAUAUACAAGAAAGAAGAACUAACAGCAGAUGCAAAAAAGAUUUCAUUCUCACCAUAGCUAAUAAUGUUACUGAUGAUGAUGAGGGAAAGUAUAAAUGUCAGUGA